AUGGCGGAAAGCGUCAUUCACGAUAUUGCGGAUCAGCUGGAAAGCCUCACAGCGCAAUCUCCGACUGCUCAGGAUGUUGAGGUGCCUCAGCCCGCUCCUCAGGGCUCUGUUCUCAAUGAACCGGAAGGGAUCGAUGCGCUUGUCUCAACACCCACCCUGUCUGAUUUGACAGAUAUCGAUGAAGCACUCCUAGAAGGGCCAACAGACCCAGUUCAUGUGUCCCAAUCAAUUUCCCCAGGGACCCAUUUCAUAAGUCCUACUGCUCCGCGGGUCAGUUACCACGUCUCCGCAUCUGGCGAAGUAAUCAUCACGGAAGAAGCCCAAACCGCCGUGUCGGCGGCUCCUGAUCUUGAAUCUCGACCAACUCUACCUCCUGCGUUUAUAUCCUUCGAUCGAGUUGCGAAGGGCUUGUCGCCAAAGUCAAAAGCUUCGCCCACCACCGCUACCAAGCAAGCUCCUUCCUUGGCAGUGGAGCGCAUCAUUGGGCCGAAGCAACCAAUCCCGGGCCGAAUCCUCGAGCUUCUUGAGGAAUGGCAUGAGGAUGCUCCAGACACCGAACAUCCGGCCGCUUUGACUGGCCGUGCGCCAUCAACCUGGAAGAAUUUCCAGGUGUUCAAUGAAGAUGGCGACGAGUCUGAGCUAUCCAUUUUUCAGAUCUCGCUGAAAGGCCAGUCCCGCCGCAACGUAACAUACCGAAUUAUGAUCCUUCAUGCACAGAACGGGCCAGAAGACCUCGUCGUCUAUGGAAACCCUCGCCCCAAGCUCAAAGGACCUUCGGGCAAGGGUACCAGGGGGCUGUACCUAAUUGACUGGCUUGAGAUCGAGCAAAAGGGAGAGGUGCAGGCAUGUGGGAUCAAACUGUGGAGAAUGGAUGAGAAGGGCAUCACGUUCAGCCCACACAUGUUUGAUGAUGGACGGAAGUGUACUCGGCUGCCUGGAGCGAACGACAUUUUCAACACGCGUGUCUCGAGUUCAACCCCGAAGAAGCAGAUUGAGUCAAAUGAGGAUAUCGACGAGGCGGAGUCCAACCCAUCUGAGCCACCUUAUUCUCCCUUGAGGUCUAAGCGCCAAAUCUCAACUAACACCAAAGCCGAGACCGACGACGAAUACAGAACUCCAGGUAUCUCAUUCCCCACAUGGGAAAAGAAUUCCUGGCCAGGUCCCACUUCGGAAAAUCAUGAGCGAUUUUAUCCUCUCGGAAGUCCCUGGAGACCCUCUCAAAAAAGGCGCCGCGGGACUGUGGGUUCCAUCGCCUCUAACGAUGAACCAACUAUCUCUAUCCGAUACAAGCUGAUGUCAGACGUUUCUGAUCAGGUGCGCAUCUUUAAAACUGAUGAUGCCAAGAUUGUGUUCCAAAAGGCCCGUGAAUUUUACAAAAGCCUGGACAAGCGAACGGGAUUGCUGUGCACUGUUCCUGGUGUGCCGGGAGUAAGAUACGUGGGGGAGGGGUGUGCUGAUGAAUUUGACAUCCUUCAGGAGGAUAUCCGCAAGACACCUUCUCCUGUUGAAGACCGGGUUGUCGAGGUCAAGCCCGCUAUGGGCUUCUAG